AUGGGAAAUAAGGCGUCAUGCUGCUCGCACUCCAGCCCACCGCCGACGCGCAAGGCCAAGGAGGCGCCCGUGUUCGAGGAGCAUCUGCCCGAGGGGGAACUGUCCGCCAACAACCUGCAGCACAUCUCGGAGCGCGAAGGCGACGACGGUGAGCACGAUCCGUCCGUCGAUCCGUCCGCCGGCACCAUGUUCCUGGAGCGCUCGAAGCAGAGUCUCGAAAAUGGCAUGACGCGCAAAAAGUCCCAGCACCAAAUCGUACCACAGGGUGGUGGCGGUCCCGGUAGUGGAGGUGGUGGUGGUGGUGCCGGAGGCGGCGGUGGUGGUGCUGGCGGUGGUGGCGGUGGAGGUGUCCUCAAAAAGAGCAGCAGCUGUUCGACGAUCUACCUGGACGAUAGCACCGUAUCGCAGCCGAAUCUGAAGAACACGGUCAAGUGCGUGUCGCUCGCGAUUUACUAUCACAUCAAGAACCGCACCAGCGAACGGCGGAUAGACAUUUUCGAUGAGAAGCUACAUCCGCUGACGCGGGAUCCGGUGCCGGACGAUUACGACCGGCACAAUCCGGAACACCGGCAGAUCUACAAGUUCGUCCGGACGCUGUUUAACGCCGCCCAGCUAACGGCCGAGUGUGCCAUCAUCACGCUCGUCUACCUCGAGCGGUUGCUGACGUACGCCGAGCUGGACAUCGCGUCCUGCAACUGGAAGCGGAUAGUGCUCGGGGCGAUCCUGCUCGCGAGCAAGGUGUGGGACGACCAGGCCGUCUGGAACGUCGACUACUGCCAGAUCCUGAAGGACAUCACGGUGGAGGACAUGAACGAGCUCGAGCGGCAGUUUCUUGAGCUGCUGCAGUUCAACAUCAACGUGCCGUCGUCGGUGUACGCGAAGUACUACUUCGAUCUGCGCACGCUCGCCGAAGCGAACGAUCUUUCCUUCCCGACGGAACCGCUCUCGAAGGAGCGCGCCCAGAAACUGGAGGCGAUGUCGCGCGUGAUGCAGGACAAGGCGACCGCCGAGGCGCUCAAGAAUGGCAUGAAAAAGUGGUCGUCGAUCGACAACAUCCACCAGCAGGGCGGCAUCCGGCGCAGUGUCGCCAUUUUGUCGUGA